AUGAUUCCUGUAUUACGUUCGAUCGAUAAUCUUCUCAAUCGAUUUGAUGAAUUAUCUAAAUCACAUACAAAUUUUCUAACUGAUUUUGAUACAAAUUUUCCUAAUAUAAAAAAUCCUUUACGUGAUGUUACUCGUUCCGAAGAAGAACAACAAAAAACUGCUGCAAAUAUUUUGUUAGUUAUUGAUGAAAAUUAUGACGAAAAAUCAUCACCGGAAACAAUAGGAAGUUUUCAUCAACGUAUUAUAAAAAAUCGUUAUCAUCAUCGGCCACCAAACUAUAUUUCCAAUGAAAAUUUAUCAUUUCAGUAUGUUCCAUCAAGAUCAUCUUCAGUCACUACAGAUUCAACAUUAUUAUCAUCACGAGUUUCACAGAUAACAACAGCAUCAUCAAAUGCGUCUCAAUCAACAAUUCGCCCGUCUAACCAUGAAUCCAAGAUAAAAUUAAAUACAAAAACGAAGCCAAAGGUUAUAUUGCAAAAUUCAACUAUUCCACGACGAUUUGCAUCUAGUAGUGUUACCAGAUUUACUAUGGAAACUGUUAAUCGUCUAUCAAAACCAAAGACAUAUCCUCAAUUAUUAGAUGAAAAACCAGUCGUAGAACAAACGCAUCGACGAUCAAAACCUUAUGAGAAUAUCAAGAAAAAUACAUUUGAAAGUCCAACAACGGAAUCAAUGUUAUCAUCUGGUAUUAAACGAACCAAAGCAAUUUUUAUUAAACCAUCUUCGAAAAAACUCAAGAUAGAUAAUAAAGUUCCAAAGAAUGCUUCUAUAAACAAUUUUACAUGUCCACUAGUCUUUCAAACUCCAAUACCAACAGUAAAUUUUAGUUUUCCAAGUGAACAAGAACAUAAAUUAUCUCGUUUUGCUGUUUUUCCUAAAACAAUUCUUACAGGCAAAAGAUUCAAAUAUUACUUUGAUUAA